GGAUUCAGUAAGGAGCAAAGGUUUGAACAUCAUCACUUUGUCCGUCAGAGGGAGUCGAGUUUCAUAUAUUCAGCGCCUCGUCCCAUAGUCACUGCGUAACUGCUUACCGCUUACUACUGGAAGGGAUCUUGCUUGAAAAACUGUUUUUACUCAUAGUUGCUGUUAAGAUUUAUGUUGAUAGCCGCCCGAAUCACGCUCCAACGUCAGUGCGCUUCAAGGAACCGCAGCCCCACUCGAGUUGAAUAAGUCUAUUCGUGAUUUCUAGGAAGUGGGCUACAGUCUUACUUUGUUUCCCACCUGGAUUAACUCGUAGACGACCACCAAUUUACCUGGUCAGCCUUCUUGGUUUAAGCUUUUGUCUGUCAGAAACUAUGCUGUGGAAACUAGCAGAUAACGUGAAGUACGAGGAUGACUGUGAGGAAAGGCACGACGGGAGUAGCAAUGGGAACCCCCGCUUACCUCACCUCCCCGCAGUGAGCCAGCACAUUUACAGCCCAUCGCCGUCCCUCUCCCACUCCGCCAACUCAGACUUCCAACCCCCGUACUUCCCACCUCCAUACCAGCCUAUAUCAUACCCCCAGUCCAGUGACCCCUACUCGCACCUCGGCGACCCUUUCAACAUUAACUCCAUACACCAGUCGUCCUCUAACCAACAGCAGUCAUGGCCGGGGCGACAUGGUCAAGAAGGACUGGGACCUCAUUCGCGAAGCGGACUCGCGAGCCAGAUUCUGGGCCUGGACGGCGGCUCGUCCGGGUUGAGAAGAGAAGGCUUCCGUCGGCCAGAGCUGUUACCGCCUCACGCCCAUAGCAUUGAGUCAACCAUCAUUGGUGAUAACAUAGGACUGCAUGAAAUGGGCCAUGGCCUGGAUGAUGUUCAACAUGUAGAAGACCACAGUAUUAUAAUGGCAGAUCAGACAGUCAUCAAAAAAGUACUAGGACUACGAGGGGGCAGAAACCUUGAUCGCUUACAGAGGACUUAUUAUGAGGGGGGCAUUCUUGCGGGUGAGGAUGAAGGCCCCUUGUCCCUCCCCAAGGGCAACUCAUUGGGCCUGCCCUUCCAGAAGGAGUCCCUGUUAGGCAUGGUGUCCAACCCCACCGAGGUGUUCUGCUCAGUGCCUGGACGUCUCUCGCUUCUCAGCUCCACCUCCAAGUACAAGGUGACUGUGGCAGAGGUGCAGCGGCGCCUGUCUCCUCCCGAAUGCCUCAACGCCUCUUUGCUAGGGGGAGUCCUACGUAGAGCCAAGUCUAAAAAUGGUGGCCGGUCAUUGAGAGAGAAGCUGGACAAGAUUGGGCUCAACCUGCCCGCUGGAAGGAGAAAGGCUGCUAACGUCACCCUGUUAACUGCACUGGUAGAAGGAGAAGCCGUUCACUUAGCAAGGGAUUUUGGCUACUCGUGUGAGACAGAGUUCCCGGCAAAGGCCAUCGCUGAAUACCUUGGUCGACCACACGUGGAACGUAAUGAGGUCAACUCCCGCAAGAACAUGCUCCUUGCUGCUAAGCAAAUCUGUAAAGAGUUCACCGAUCUGCUGACUCAGGACCGUUCGCCUCUGGGGAACACGCGGCCGGCGCCCAUCCUGGAUCAGGGCAUCCAGGGCUGCCUGACCCACUUCAGCCUCAUCACUCACGGCUUCGGCUCGCCAGCCAUCUGCGCCGCCAUGACCUCCCUCCAGAACUACCUGAAUGAGGCCCUCAAACAGGUGGACAAAAUGUACCUGAGCUCGGGCAGCGACACGCAGGGCUCCUCCGACAAUGGUAGCAAAGCCUCUGACAAAAUGGAGAAGCACAGGAAAUGAGGAAAUACUAUUCUGUUGGACUGUACAGCCCCCCCUUUCCCCUUUGGACUUCUUUGACAUCGAUAUUUAGAAGCGAAAAUGAUCUGUAUGAUUCCAAUUCUAGAUUUAUUUGUGUAUCCGCCCAGUUGAAUUGAACAUUUUACCCCAUUAUGGCCAAUGUUUACAAGUUUAGUUUCUCAAAUAACACUGACUUUUGCCCGGCUACCACCUUUGGGCUGCUUUCAAUGCGAGAUCGACCUACCUUGGUGCCUACUGUAGUAGUGGGUGCUUAAAUUGUGCACAGCCAAAGGGUCUGGACUUAGUUGACAUGGGGUAAGGAACAGAAAGCAGACUUUGUUGUUUCCCUAGAGGACAUCAUUUCAAGAUGGGUUGCUGUGGCUGUGAAUUCUUUUCAGCUUUUUUCCCCUCUUCUGUCUGGAGGCAAAGCCUCUGAUUUCCUGUGUCUCUUCCGCGGUGCUCAGUUCCCAUUGGACUUACCAAAGGACACUUUUUUUCUACGGAAGAGAAGAAAAUCCACUUCAUUCGUUUUUUAUUCAUUGCUUGAAUUUUCAAAAUGACUUCAAUGGGUACAGUGUUAUUGUGUUUUUUUCAUGGGAGUUUUUUUAGUAGGUCUGGAAAAAAGCCUGUUUGUGUGUUUGUCUGUUUUCCCCAGAAACCUUAAAGGCGAUUUGCAAUAGCAGCCAUUCAGUGUUGGAUCAGGGAUGGUUACUCAGUGUUUGAUACCAGAUGGUUACUUGUGGGCUGUGACAAAAGGCAAUGGGCUCUUUGCUACUUUGAACCAUGUCUUUAAGUACUCAUACUGCCCAUUGGUUCCUUUAGUAUUUGUAAACUUUGCAAUGUAAAAGGAAUCAGUCCUGGACCAGAUUAGAUAUCCCUAACCUUCAGUACAAAAACUAUUCAAUAUUGAUGUUAAAUGUAUCCAACCCUAAUAAGACAUUGUCAUCUGAACUGUAUCUCUUUCAGCCAGUACACCAGAAAGAGUGUAUGUGUUUCAUUGUUUGUGUGUGUCUAUGUAUGCAAAAUGUUUAUAUUUCUUUCGAGAAGUGUUUUUUUUUUUUUGUCCGUUACCUUUACCCUGAAUGUAAAUACUUUCUAAUUGAUGUUGUAAUUUAAUGGGAUAUGUAAAUAAUGGAAUCAUUCUGGUGUAUGGCUUCACUUUUUACAAUGUGUUAAACUUUUCUAAAUGGGUUAGUUUUUAUAAUGUAGAGGUUAGGCAGUGGGUAUGAUAUGCUUUUUGAAUAUGUGUAAACUGUUUUAAAGUCCUAGGAAAAGUAAUAAAAAGACAACCCUGUUAUAAGGA